AUGACGACGUUAGCGAAGAGGUCUACUUCCAAUUUGUUAUUUUACAAUGGAAAAUAUAUAUUCAUAAUGCUAAUUUUAUUGGUAUUUGCUCUUUGUAUGCAAUUAUCAACAAUAGAGGGAAAUAAUAAGGCUGCUAGCUCUUCAUCGGAGACUUUCCUUUCGGCCCUUUCUGACUCGACACCAUUUCUUGAUAGCUUUGCAGAUUUAAUAAGAUGGGAUGGAGGUGAAAUGUACAAAACAAAUCAACAAUCAACAACAUCCUCAGAUGGAACAUCGAGUGCUGACUAUAACGUGGGAAAUAGUGAUACCGGUUAUACGAUUUUUGGAUCGACAUCAAUGUGUGCCAAAUGUUAUGCUGCAAACUUUAGUACUGCUGAAGAAACGUUUCCACCAAAAUUGAUUAAUGGAAAGCCAUAUUUGAGAAAUCAAUUUGUGAAUAGUAACCAAACAUUUGGUGAUGUUUUGACCUUUAUUUUGGCCACUCAUCACGCUGAACAAAAGUAUGCACCAAGAGAAAAUUUGAAAGAAAUCAGUGUAGAACUAAGAUCACCUUCUGGUUCUACCAUUGAUCUUGUUCUUUCAAAUAAUUUGGAUGAGUUUUACAACAACAAUGGCGACAAAAUUUUUCAAAAUUGGUAUGUCAGAGUUUACAAUAAUAUUAAGGUGAGAAGAAUAAUUUCACAUGGAAAAACAUACGCCCAUACAGUUAGUGUCAACUUUUACUAUGACGGAGCUGUAAUGCCAGAAAUUAUUUACAUGUGUAACUCGUCGAGUACUUGUCAAUACCCAAGUAUUACAGCAACAGCCUAUGAUUACGAAUCAGGAGGAAGAGAACUGGUUUCAUAUCUGAAAAGAGUUGGUCUAAUUAGUGACUUUACCUCUUACAUGUCAUGUUCCACCUCUAAAGCGUUCCAAAUAAGAGAUGUAAAUACAGGAACCUGCUAUUACGAGGUUAAGAAAGUUGCUGUAUUAUUUAUUGCCAUUAUAUAUGGUAUUGUAGGCUUUUGUUUGCUGGGUGGAGUUUGUUGUGUAAUACUGUUUGUUAUUAGUGCCUGUUGGUUAUGUAAAAAAGAUUUUCAAGAUCCUGAAUUUUUGUAAAAUACAUUAUUUAUAUUC